AUUUGCAGAAUGGCUGAAAAGCGUCGCUGUCGAAUGGCGAGACUUCAGUUGAGUUAAUCAUAUCUGGUAGUGAGUGAGAUAAAGCUGCUUUAAACAAAUAAUCAUGGCUGGAGGAAAAGCGGGAAAAGAUUCUGGAAAAGCCAAAGCUAAAGCUGUUUCUCGUUCAGCAAGAGCAGGUUUGCAGUUUCCAGUUGGUAGGAUUCACCGCCAUCUUAAGAGCAGGACAACCAGUCAUGGACGUGUAGGAGCCACUGCUGCAGUUUAUAGUGCGGCCAUCCUUGAAUACUUGACAGCAGAGGUUUUAGAAUUAGCUGGAAAUGCAAGUAAAGAUCUCAAAGUAAAGAGAAUAACUCCAAGACAUCUUCAGUUGGCCAUUAGAGGAGAUGAAGAAUUGGACUCCCUUAUUAAAGCAACAAUUGCUGGUGGUGGUGUUAUUCCCCAUAUCCACAAGUCCCUUAUUGGCAAGAAAGGAUCUCAGAAAACAACUUAGGCAUUUUACAUGCACAACAACUGUUUUAUGUUUACUUGUAUUGUUUGCAUGUUAUCAUUAUUAUUCAUCUAGUUUCAUUAUACAGCAUACUUUUCAGUAUUUUUGGAUAAUGGUUAUUAUGACUUGUACCUGCACAACCCUUUCUAUACUCAUAGUUCAUAUUCAAAGUGUAAAGACGUUUUGCAUAUGUCAUCAUCCAUCACUUUUCUAACUAGUGUAAUUUACAGUGGGACAUAAUUUUGUUUGUUUGUGUUCACGGCUCAAAUUUUUGUGGAUCAUAUAAAUCGGUUCUUGUUUUGUUAAACAAAUGUUUAGGUAUUCAGUGUAGAUUUGUUACUUUAGAAAAAUAAUAACAAAUUUGAAUUGUGA